AUGAGCGCCAUUCCCGAACAAGCGCCGCAAGACGGGCAUCCGGCGCAAUCUCCAGAGCAAGCACCAGAUAUUAUUGAAGCUGGUGGCGAUGCGAGCGACGAUGAGUUCCAGCCUAGCGAGUGGGACGCUUCCUCAUCGGGCGACUCGCCCAGCAAGAUUAUUGAUCUCGGCACGGGCACCGGCAUAUGGGCAAUGGAAGUUGGGGGUCACUACCCUUCCGCCGAGGUUACUGGCGUAGACUUAUCGCCGAUUCAGCCAAGAUGGGUGCCUUCCAACGUUCGCUUCUUCGUCGAUGAUGUUGAAGAUGACUGGCUGGCUGAAGCUUACGUCGGAACCCAAGUCUUCGGCGCCAAUGUGAAGAGCGAUGCCAGAACCAUGCCCGAUAACUGGCCUUUGUUGGAAUCCUGGUCCAAAAUCCGCGACGUCAUGCACAAAAUGAAGAUUGACAUCCAAAUCGCUCCGCGCAUCGGUGCGAUUUUGAAAGACGCCGGCUUCGUCAACGUUCAAGUGAGAUCAUACAAAGUGCCGGUUGGAACAUGGCCUCUCGGCAAGAUCAAGCGUCUGGUUGGACAUUGCAUGCGCUCUGUGACGGAGGAAUUUCUGGGCGCCGCUGCGAGCAAACCUUUGGCGGCUCUGGGAAUGGAACGGACGGAGAUCGAGGUAUUUCUCGCGUCAGUUCGGAAUGCGAUCAAGGAUCUGAAUGUGCAUGCGUAUGGCACGUAUUAUUCUCGGGUUGGACAGAAGCCCGUGGAGUUGGGUUCUAAGUGA